AUGGAUUACGCCGAGAACUGCUCCGACGACGAUGCUUUCUCAUCUCGCCUUGGUGAUGUGAUGAUGAAAAACCGUUACUUAGGGGAUGUCGCGCCAGCGGAUGAGGUAGACGGAAGGACGACGAAUACUUUUCUUCGGCAAAACGGAGAGAAAGAGCUGCGCAAACUCGCGUGUCUGACGGGCGUGCCAGAUGCGAGGAGACGCGCGAUUUGGAUGAAACUUCUCGGCAUCGAGUUUGGAUUGAUUUCGCAAGUGCAAUUUGCCACCAACGAACGAGAGUGCGAUGAAACGCUCUCGAGAACGAUAUCGGCGGAUUGCGAACGGUCGUAUUUUAACUUGGAAAACGAGAAAGAGUUGCAAAAAGAGAAGAGGAAGGAAUUAGAGCGACUGCUGCGAUCGGUGUUUGGGGGGAAGAAUAGGUUGAGGUAUUAUCAAGGGGUUCACGCCGUCGCGCAAGUAGUCUUGUCGAUUGCAGAGACGGAAGAGGAAGAAGAGGACGCGAACGCGAAAUAUAAAAUCUCGUGCGCGAUGCUCGACCGGUUGGCGUCGUUUAGUUUGAGAGAUAACACGAGAGAAACGAUGUAUCCGGUUUUGUUGUCGUUACGAAUAGUAUUAGCACGAUUGAUAGAAGAGGCUUUAGGUGAGGACGAAGUGCUGAAGGAAGCGAUCGCAUUUGGCGCGCGGAAACACGAGUAUCAAUUCGCGUUGCAGAAAGUGUUGACGUGGCAUUCGAUGUCCGCAGAUAGCAGUAAGAGAAGCGUAGAAAAUUCUAGCGAAACAGAGGAAGAAGAGAGCAGAAAUGAGUGCGUGAAACGCGUCUUUGAUUUAUUUUUGGCAUCGCAUCCGCUCAUGCCGGUCUAUUUGACCGUGGCAGUUUUGUUGCGAGAGCGAGAGAGUAUCAUCAAAGCGAGGAACGAAUUGGACGACGAGGACGACGACGUGAUGUUUUCGUACUUGAGCCGUUUGGAGACUUUUCCAGAUUUGACGAGUUACGUUGAAAACGACGACGAAAAUUCGGGAACAAUUCGUAGAAAUGGAAUAUCCGAAGAAGACAUCGACGAAGCGGAAAAUGGCUCGGAGCACGAGAAGAAGAAAAAGAUGAAGCAAAUGAUGCAAAAAGUUCGAAGUGUUUCGUUCGGUUCGUCCUCGUCUUUGGCGAACAUGUCGCCGAGAAAGCGGCUGAAAAAGAAACGAUCACAAAAGCGGCAACUCCAAGCCGUUGACGCUUUGUGUCACUCCGCGUUGAAACUAUUCAACGAGUUUCCGCCAACCCAAAUCUUGCGCGCGAACGAAAUGAAGACGACAUUCAAUGGUUCCAGUUUCGAUCCCAAGCGGUAUCCACCGCGUUUUGCGUUUUCUAAACUCGCAUCCCCGACGCCGCCGCACAACGAGGACAACAACACCACCGACGAACUAGACAUCCACGUCGGCGAACAGAUCGAAAUAAAAAAAGCCGCUCGAUUGAAGCGCCUCCGCCUCGCCCAACGCAAACUUUUCGCGUUUCGCCGUCGAGUGCACGCGUUACCGCUCGUUCUCAAAAUGAUCCUCUUUUUGCUCGUUUACGUGCAAUACUGGGAAAAUGUGAGAAUCAUUCACUAUCAGCUCGCGUACGGACCGGACAUCCGCAUUAGCCUUGCUCGUCCGCGUUGGUGGUUUGGAGAGCUUUUUCGAGCUCUUUUGACGAGAUUGUUUACUUUGUAA